UUCGCGUUUGCGUGUGUUGCGUACGACAGUCAGAUUUUUCUCGCUUCGUGAUUGACUCAUUCAUAAUACAGAGUAUACAGAGAUUCAUUCGAUUUUUGUUGCUUUUAAAUUCAUAUUUACGACGGUCGUCCGUGUGUACAACAAUAUUCAACAGUAUACAUAUAGUGCAACCAUUCCGCUGAGUUCUAUUCGUGUUCAAUUUAUUAUAAUUAAAUUUGAUUAUUUGAUUUGCUCGCUCGCGAAUAUGUGGUUAAAGGAGGGCCGCGGAAGGGAUCAGUGAAAAUCGUGUAGUGUUUGAGAUGGGUUCCGAAAAAUGGAAGGAUAUUGAUUGCGUUACAAUCAGCUGGUGAUUGAGAUUAGUCGAGUGAAGUGUUCGAACCGUAAGCGUAAUCGUCAUGAUGAAUAUUAUAUUGAUUGCAGCGAAGAGGAAGAUCGUUCGAUAAGGCCAUCACAACAACAGUCGGGCGAAAAAACGAAGCAGCAGUAAUAAAAGUCCGCGAAAUUGAUAAGCCUUUGGCGACCGAGAUAAGAGGAGGGAAGGUGUCCCGAGUCGCGAUUAGAGCACCACCAUGAGCACCGAAAGUUCGGAUAAAUCAAAUUCAGUCGGCGGCGCGAUGAUUCCCGGAGGUGGACCAGGAGCUGGAACUGCUGCUGGAUCAGCAGCUGUUAAAAUAUGCAGCGUAUGCGGGGACAAAGCGCUGGGGUACAACUUCAACGCGAUGACCUGCGAGAGCUGCAAGGCGUUUUUCCGGAGGAAUGCCCUUUCGACCAAGGGGUUCACGUGUCCGUUUAGUGAAAGUUGCGAAAUUACGGUUGUAACGCGUCGAUUUUGCCAAAAGUGUCGGCUGGACAAGUGCUUUCAGAUAGGCAUGAAGAAGGAAUACAUCAUGUCGGAAGAGGACAAGGCUUUGAAGCGCAAGAAGAUUGAACAGAACAGGGCUAAGAAGCAAAAGUUUAAUGGGAAUGUUUCCGGUGAUGGAGUGAACUUUGCUGGUAAUGAAAUGGCAGGUGGCAUGAUGGACAAUGAUUUGUCCAUGAAGAUCAAACGGGAAGGAACAGAAUCGGACUGUUGGAGUAAUUCCUCGGACUAUAUUAUGUCACCGGAGAUGAUGCAUCAGCAGAACGGUUCCAGCAUGCAAAGUUUACCGAUGUCUAUUUCGAACGCGUUCAACAGAGGAGUGCCUUCGCCGAAUGAAGUCAGCAAUUCUUCUUGUUCAUCACACAACAACUUGACUCAUCCAAAUUCGAUGGCAGGGGAAGGGGGAGACCUCUUAUCAGCAGCGAUGUCUGUGUUGCCACCCCAGUCGCAGCUGGACUCGUCUGUCCAUUCGGCUCGUAGCAGUGAACCUUUGCUACCGGCUCUGACUCUCGAUUCCAAUGCCGAGGACAUCGUCAAUCGCAUCGUUCAGUAUCCAACGCAGGCCAGCCAAACGAUUGCCUCUCUAAUGAAAACCCCGAAAGACGCGGUUUUUAUCAUGUCGAAAAUUAUCAACUCCCAGUGCGAUGCAUUGAAGCUGAUAUCACAUUUUAUAACGGCACCUGGCGAUGCACUGCAAAUUAUAAGCAAGAUAAUGAACUCCCCGUUGGACGCUCUGACGGUUUUUGCACAGUUUAUGAGCUCCCCAACAGAUGCAUUGCAAAUCAUUGGGAAAAUCAUGAGUUCUCCGGCGGACGUUCUUCAGUUUAUGCAGCAAUUGAUGAACCAACCAGAAGAUGCCGUCCAAAUCAUGAACAAAUUUAUGAACGCCCCUGCGGAAGCUCUUCAGAUGAUUAACAAAAUGAUGAACCACUCGGAUGUGAUCGAAACCAUCAAGGAAGCGGCUGACACGUCUCAGCAAGACGACGAAGAUCCCCAACCAGAGCCAAUUCUACCCCAUACCAUUCAACCAAGCAUUCCUCAAGCCUCGAACAGUGCUGCGGCCUCCCCAUCAUCGACAUCCCACUGUGAAAUCACAUCCCCCCCGUUUGACACAUUCCUGUUCAACUCGUUGUCGGAUCCCCCGUCUGACCCUCCCCCAACUCAAUCCGCCCCACCCGACACGGAAUACAACAUGUUUCCAGACCCCGCCACUAAAUCCACAUUUUUCUCGAGCACUUUGGAAGCGGUCCUCGAGCAGGCAAUCCGCCUAGAGUACGAGGGCUACAACGGGUCCUCUCUGGGAGCGAGCAGCAGUAGCAGCAGUGGAUCCGGUGGGAGCAGUUCUACGUCCUCUGGGCAACAGCCGCAACUGGGUGGAAACAGUAUUGAGCUGAACGAUGCCGAGCGCGCCAAGUUGAACGAGUUGAUCGUGGCGAACAAGGCGCUCUACGCACCGGUCGAUGACGAUCUGGCGUCGCUGAUCUCCGAGGACUGCCGGAUUAAGUCCAACCAAAACCAGCAGGAUCCGAUGCUGCUGAAGGUGAUUAAUCUGACGGCCAUCGCCAUCCGUCGACUGAUCAAGAUGUCCAAGAAAAUCAGCGCAUUUAAAAACAUGUGCCAAGAGGACCAGCUGGCGUUACUCAAGGCGGGCAGCACGGAAAUGAUGAUCCUUCGCUCGGCCAUGCAAUACGACUGUGAUAGGGCUAGUUGGAAGAUUCCCCACAGCCAAGAGGAAAUGUCCAACAUCCGGGCAGACGUGCUCAAGUUGGCCAAAGGAAACGUCUACCAGGAACAUGAGCAGUUCAUACGUACCUUCGACAAAAAGUGGCGCUCGGACGAGAACAUCAUCCUGAUCAUGUGUGCCAUUACGCUAUUCUCGCCCGAUCGUCCAAAGACGGUGCACUCCGAUGUGAUAAAGCUGGAACAGAAUUCCUACUACUAUCUGUUACGGCGGUACCUGGAAAGCAUCUAUCCGGGUUGCGAGGCCAGAUCGAUCUUUCUGAAGCUGAUACAGAAGAUCUCCGAGCUGCAUCGGCUGAACGACGAAAUCAUCAGCGUGUACCUUGACGUGAACCCGGCCCAGGUUGAACCACUGUUGAGAGAGAUAUUCGACCUGAAGGUUCACUGAGCUACAUAGAAAGAACAGCUCUGAGCAAUUGCUACAUCACAUUUUCGGUGUCUACUACGUACCAUUACCCUAUUUGUAAGAAACUGUGUUAUAUACCUUGUAAUGCUAGGAACGUCGAGUUCAGAUUUCAUAGCUGGUUCUAAUGAAAGCAACAGGAGAAAAGCUUAUAUUUUAGUUUCGUACACUCUGACGUUGAUGAGUGAGACAGCCUAGUGAAUGUUCGUUUAAGAAGCUUUAAUGGAUUGAUAGUGUUUAUGUAUUUAUAGAUGAUAUAUAUAUUUUUACAGUCAUUACGGUUGAAACCAGAUUUCAGCAGAAGCAGUACUAAUAGUAGCAUAGACGCAAAGAUUGUUAUCGUUCAUAAGCAAUCAAUGAACACGGAAAAGUUUACAAAAUAAAUCGUCACGUUAUCAAUACUUCA